AUGCGCCCACGAUGCCUCAACCCACUACGACCACUUCUCCAAUUCUCCCGAACACGAGGCGUUGCCACUACAUUCAUCAAGAAGCAGAACGAAGGCAAAGAGCGAUGGGAGAAGAGGGCCGAGAAGAUCCAGACCGGAGAGCUUCCUCACGUUUGGGACAUCCUCCAGGAGCGCGGCUACAUCAAAGAUGUCGCAGGCAACCCCGAGACGAUUAAGGAAAUCAUGCGCACUAAGAGGAUAGGAGCUUAUGUUGGAAUCGACCCCACGGCCGACUCUUUGCACGUUGGCCAUAUUCUGCCACUGAUGCCCAUGUUCUUGAUGUACUUCCACGGCCACCCCGCCGUCACCUUGAUCGGUGGCUCGACUGCGCGAGUCGGUGACCCUACCGGCCGACUAGAGAGCCGAGAUAUCAUGUCGAAUUCGGAUAUCUCCAAGAACAUUACGAAAAUCCACGUUCAAUUAACCAAGAUCUGGGCCAAUGUCCAACACCUCAAGGAGAAGCAUGGAUACCAGAACGACUGGGCUGCCAAGCACCACCUUCUCAACAACAACAUGUGGCUUGGCGGGCUGACGCUCUACGACUUUGUCAAGAGGAUAGGCAGACACAUUCGAAUUGGCCCCAUGCUAAGUCGCGAUACCGUCAAGCGUAAGUUGACUGAGGGAGACGGCAUGUCGUUUGGCGAGUUCAUGUACCCCCUUCUGCAAGGCUGGGACUUCUGGCACAUGUACAACAAGCUAGGCAUCCAGAUGCAGAUCGGAGGUUCCGACCAGUACGGCAACAUCGUCGCCGGAUGCGACGCCCUCAAGAUCAUCAGAGAAUCUGAAGAGGCCCCUCACGCCAAGAUGCCCGCGGGCUGGCAGAACGACCCCAUCGGCUUCACGGUCCCUCUCCUGACCGACUCCUCGGGCGCAAAGUUUGGCAAGAGUGCUGGCAACGCCGUCUGGCUGGACGAAUUCAAGACCUCAGCCUUUGACCUGUACGGUUUCUUUAUGCGACGAACCGAUGAGGAGAUUGAGCGACUACUGAAGAUGUUUACCUUCAUGUCCCUUGAGAGCAUCCAACAAGUCAUGGUGGAGCAUCAAAAGGACCCUGCUCAGAGGAGUGCGCAGCACGCGCUGGCCUUUGAGGUCGUGUCGCUCGUCCACGGCUCCCAGAGAGCGCUCGAGGAGGCCAAGCAGCACGAAUUCCGCUUCGGUGGCAAGCUCCCCCACGUCAUCAACGAGCCCCCGGAGUCUUCGGGCAUCAUCACCCCCAACAAUGCCCCGAGGAGUGACAUCAAGCUCCCCCGGUCCAUCAUGAAGAAGUCCCCCGCCAGGAUUCUCUUCGCCUCUGGCCUCGCCACCAGUAGCAGCGACGGCCAGCGCCUCGUCACUCAGCAGGGCGCGUACAUUGCUGCCCAGCCUGGCCAGACCCGUGGCCUCGUCCCUGGCAAUCUGUCGUGGACCCCCAUGAAGGCGUGGUUUCCCGAGGAUACGGCCCGGUACCUGAUCGAUGACCGCAUGCUCAUCCUGCGCAAGGGCAAGCACAACAUCCGCAUCGUGGAGCUCAUCAGCGACGAGGAGUGGGACGCCAGCGGCGAGAUCUACCCCGGCCAGCCCUACACCGGUAUUGUCCGACGGAUGAAGGAGCAGCUCAAGAGCGAUGCCGAAGAGAGCGGAGAGGCGUUGACGGACGAGCAACUCGCCGCGAUUGCGAGCCAGAGGCUGGUUAGCUCGUCACGCAGGGUGGCCAACAACUCGGGCAUUGAAUUUCCCAGCAAAAAAGAGGUGCGCGAGCGGGGGAAGGGCAAAGGACCCAAGUCACAAUUGUAG